AGUGAGUGAAAAAGUAGGAGGUGCUGAAGGAACCAAGCUAGAUGAUGACUUCAAGGAAAUGGAAAGGAAAGUGGAUGUCACCAGCAGGGCAGUUAUGGAAAUAAUGGCAAAGACAAUAGAGUAUCUUCAGCCUAAUCCAGCUUCCAGGGCUAAACUCAGCAUGAUCAACACUAUGUCAAAAAUUCGAGGCCAGGAAAAGGGACCAGGUUACCCUCAGGCUGAAGCCUUGCUGGCAGAUGCGAUGUUGAAAUUUGGCCGAGAACUUGGAGAAGAAUGCAACUUCGGACCAGCGCUUGCAGAUGUGGGAGAAGCUAUGAAGGAGCUUUCUGAGGUCAAGGACUCUUUAGACAUGGAAGUGAAACAAAACUUCAUUGACCCACUUCAGAAUCUCCAUGACAAAGAUCUGAGAGAAAUACAGCAUCACCUAAAGAAAAUGGAGGGUCGACGCCUGGAUUUUGAUUACAAAAAGAAAAGACAGGGCAAGCUCCCUGAUGAAGAACUUCGCCAAGCUCUGGAGAAAUUUGAUGAAUCAAAAGAGAUUGCAGAGUCAAGCAUGUUCAACCUUCUGGAGAUGGAUAUUGAACAAGUGAGCCAGCUUUCUGCUCUUGUGCAAGCCCAGCUGGAGUACCACAAGCAGGCCACACAGAUCCUGCAGCGAGUUACUUCUAAGCUGGAAGAUAGAAUAAAAGAGGCAUCAUCUCAGCCCAGGAGAGAAUACCAGCCCAAACCCCGCAUGAGCCUGGAUUUCACAACUGGUGACAAUACUCAGCACAAUGGAGGAAUAUCCCAUGCCACCACACCCAAACCAUCAG